AUGGCUUCUGUGAGUUCUGUCACACUCUCCCUUCCCGUCAUAACCACCACAUCAUCACUCUCAUGUCAAUCCCUAGGUUCACUAUCCAAGCCCAAAUCCGAACUCCGACCCAGACCCGGACCCGGACCCGGACCCGGACCCGAACCCACACCCUUUCCCUCCCAUACACUAUACAAAACUCCCCUCCGGCCUUUGACUCAUUCUCCCCGCAACUUACGGGUGAGGUCACAGCUCAGGCAGCCUAUCAUCUCUCCGGACGACCACUGGGGUCUAUGGACCGCCCUCUUCGCCACCGGCGCUUUCGGCCUCUGGUCGGAGAAGACAAAGAUUGGUGGGAUGGUGAGUGCUGCUCUUGUAAGCACUUUAGUUGGUCUUGCAGCUAGUAAUGUAGGCAUUAUUCCUCAUGAAGCGGGUGCUUAUUCGAUUGUGUUGGAGUUUCUUCUGCCAUUGGCUAUUCCGUUGCUGUUGUUUCGAGCAGACUUGCGCAGUGUGGCGAGUUCCACUGGGACUCUGCUCUUAGUUUUCCUGCUUGGAUCAGUUGCGACUAUGGUUGGGACUCUGGUGGCGUUUCUGAUGGUGCCUAUGCGGUCACUUGGUCAAGAUAAUUGGAAGAUUGCUGCUGCUCUCAUGGGUAGCUACAUUGGUGGAUCUGUUAACUAUGUUGCGAUUUCAGAGGCCCUCGGUGUUUCCCCAUCAGUUUUGGCCGCAGGAGUAGCAGCAGACAAUGUCAUCUGUGCUCUGUACUUCAUGGUCUUGUUUGCUUUCGCCUCUAAAAUACCUCCUGAGGCCUCACCAGAUGAUGUUUCAAUGAAAAUGGAAUCCCAAAUUGAAAGGAAACUCCCAGUACUAGAAACAGCAACUGCUCUUGCUACAUCUUUUGUGAUAUGCAAGGCUUCUGCAUAUCUCACAAGUUUAUUUGGAAUUCAAGGAGGCAUCCUGCCAGUAAUAACAGCUCUUGUUGUCAUUUUAGCUACCCUUCUUCCAACAUAUUUCACAUACCUUGCACCUUCUGGUGACACUAUUGCAUUAGUCUUGAUGCAGGUGUUCUUUGCUGUGCUGGGUGCUAGUGGGAGCAUAUGGAAUGUGAUGAUCACCGCUCCUAGUAUUUUUGUGUUUGCUUUAGUUCAAGUAACAGUUCAUCUUGCUGUGAUCCUGGGAUUGGGAAAGCUGUUUCACUUUGAUUUAAAGCUGUUACUUUUGGCAUCAAAUGCCAAUAUUGGAGGGCCGACGACAGCAGGUGGAAUGGCCACCGCGAAAGGAUGGCAUUCUUUGGUUGUUCCGGCAAUUCUUGCAGGCAUUUUUGGUGUUUCCAUUGCAACUUUUCUGGGCAUUGGUUUUGGAAUCAUAGUCCUUAAACACUUGUAG